AUGGACUUCGCCUACUCCCCACAUCGCGAGGUCGGCGGAACGCUGCACCUCCACUCUCCAACCCAUCCGCACAGCUACCGCGUCGACGGCUUCCCCUCCAUCAAGCAGAUCCGGCGAUCAUUGUCCCGCUCGCCAUCCAAGGCGUCGCGCUUUACGCUGCACACGUCGCCGCAAAAUUCGCCAAAGUCGCCCCUCUCGCCGCUGGCCCUGUCCAGGGCUUUCAGCCCCAAGUCGGCCGCGUCCAAGGAAAACAAUGCGCCUAAUCUUUUCCCAUUUUCCCCUUUGGAAGCGACUCCCACUACCACCACCAAGAGAAGCAAAUCCGGCUCGCGUCCCCGCCUUGCACCUUUCCGUUCUUCUCGCGUGCGCGCAGGUGCCCGAAGCCCGCCGCGCCGCGCCCUCAGCGACUCGUUGAACCAAGCCAACAAGUCGCCCUCUUCCUCUGGUCGGGGCUCCAACGAUGACAGUGACACUGAAGAAGACCCCGAACCGAUGGAAUCCGACUCGGACAUGAAGCCGGCCGUCGCACGCCUUGAUUUCAACGACGGCCCAAUCAAAUUUGAAUUCGCCAAGCCCAAGACGGAAGGCCCACUCCACCCGCCAAAAUCGAGCCCUCUGAAGCGCAGCGAUGGUAUCAUGAAUCUGGACCAAGCAAGCUUGGGCAGCCCUACCGCCAAAAGGCGCAGUUUGCACGGUGGUCCGUUCAGCGCCGAUUUCGACAUCUUCGACCAUCCGCCUAGCCAGAUUGAAGAGCGCGGCAACAACGACCAGGACAGGGAAAUGUCGAACUACUCCUUCUCAACUCCGCUUGGCCCCAGACGUGCCUCCCCGAUCCGCAAGUUGUCCUCCCUCAGGCGGUCCACGCUCCAGCAGAGGUAUGGCUCCGGUGCGACCGCGCGACCGCGCCUCCUACAGGACCAGGGUCACGAAUUCCUUAUGCCGGGCAAUGCCGCCUCUCGAUCGAAGUCACGCAUGUCUCUCGACAGCGCCAUUACCAUGAGCGAUCAGGCGAACGUCAUCGAAUCGCCGUUCCGUCGCACCCCUCUUGGUGUAUCUCGUUCUUUCCCACCAAACAAGCGCUCGAUGUCCGGCCCGGCCACGGGACAUCACCCGCAUCCUCUGUCGAACGCGCUCACUCCAUCCUCAUCGAACUCAAGCAUGAGUGAUGUGGGUGACUCACCCAAGCAGCCUACGCCGGCGGCCCCAGCGCCUAAGCGACAGACCAUCGCAGAGUUUGCAAGGCCUCCCAUCAGCUUUUCACGAUCACUCCCAAUCGGAGCCUCGCGCCCCGGCGGUCGGUUCAACACAAGAGCGGGCGAUCCGUCAGAUCCGUCGAGCUUUGCCACUCCCGAUUCGUUCAAGGGCGCAAGGCCUCACCAAGCCCCGUUCCUGUCGACGGGAUUAAUGUCGAAGAAGAAUCGCAACAUUGAUGUGCCGCCGCCGGGAGGGUUUGAAAACUAUGCGAUGCCGGACACCCCGUCAAAAAGAGUAUCAUUUCCACCUUUGUCAAGCUCCACACCGUUCCAAAGAAGCACUUUCGGCAAGUCAACCGGAGCCCAGCACGAAUUCGGAACACCGUCAACGCCCUUCUUGUCGAACGCGGCGAAGGCUACGCCCGUCUCUUUUGGACAGGGUGUGAGUAUCUUCGGCUCUCGGAUGAAUGCGUUGCCGCGCCGUGGGAGCUUCGUAAGCAUUGACGGGGACGACCACUUGCAGUCGCCGUGUGCUCUCAUAGACAGCCAAUCAAGCCUUGACGAGUUCCCUCCAACGCCGACCAAGCAAGGCAGCAGUGGUCGGAAUUCUAGGGACAACAGCUUGAGGAGCAACCUUUUCGGACGCCGUGCUUCCAUUGCUCCAGACACAUUUGUCCCGCCAACCCCAGGGGAUAUCACUUCUCCGAGCUUCCCCAAGAGUAAGUCUUUUCCAACUGGGUCUUUGGACUUCGGUACUGCGGACGAGGACGAAUCCCCUACGUUUGCUUCAAGGACGUUUCCGCCUUGUCGCUCUCCGUCGUUUGGGCAUUCUCGCGUAUUCCGUAGGGGUCCGAACAAGGGGACUCCAUUGUUUACCGAGCGCUCUCCGAAACUUGCACUCUCUACUCCAUCACCUGCGCCCGUUACUAAGAAGCCCUCUCUUUCCUCAGCUAUCCAUACACCUACGGUCGGCCAGUCACCGCAAACUCCUCAAAGUGGCUUCACGCCGGAUACCAAGCGUCUGUCAAUCUCGGCACAGGCCAAUCGCCGUGGCUCGCUUCAGUUUAAUUCUAGUGCAGGAAGCGCAGGUAGCUUCCCUCCAGCGACGCCCACUGCUACCCGUGACCAAGUGUUUCACUUCAGUACGGGAGCAGGCGUUGGGCCAAUCACGGGGUUGACCAAGAAUGACGUCGACACGAGUCUUACUAACCGGUUUGAGAGCGUCAAGCUUCUUCCGGGUGAUGGCGAGUUCUCACAAGUCUUCUUGGUCGGCCAACCGGUUGGAAGUAGCACGACUGAGUCUCAAUCAGCCCAGUCGCUAAGUAAAGGGUGGGUUGUCAAGAAAUCCAAAAAGCCGCUCGCUGGUCCGAAAGACGAGGAGCGGAAGAAACGUGAGGUAGAGAUUCUCAAAACGCUUCGCGGGCACGAACACAUCAUUGAGUUUGUGCACAGCUGGGUGGAGGAGAACCACCUCUACAUUCAGACUGAGUAUUGUGAGAAUGGCAAUCUCAAAACCUUCUUGAGUGAAACUGGCGACAAGGCUCGCUUGGACGACUUCAGAAUCUGGAAAAUCCUUCUGGAGUUGUCUUUGGGCGUCAAAUUCAUCCACGACUCCGGCUUCAUUCACUUGGAUUUGAAGCCAGCAAAUGUCUUCAUUGAUUGGGAAGGCGUACUCAAGAUUGGUGAUUUUGGACUUGCCAGUACUUGGCCAGCUCCUGAUGGCAUUGAAGGAGAGGGCGACCGUGAAUACAUUGGCCCGGAAGUCCUCCAUGGCAAGUUCGACAAACCAGCAGACAUUUUCGCUCUCGGCAUGAUCAUGGUUGAGAUUGCCGGAAACAUCAUUCUUCCCGACAAUGGUGUCUCGUGGCAACGGCUUAGGAGCGGCGACAUGACCGAUGUUCCUAGCCUGACCUGGAGCUCCGAGAGUACGCUCGAACGCGACGAAGCCGGCGAUCCGAUUACGGAUGAUCAUCACCACGUUCUGUCCCACGAGACCUUGUUGGGAUCCGAUCACGAGGACGAGACUUCUCAAGCUUUGCGCAAGCUAUCACCAAGGCGCCACCGCUCCGAAGCGCUUGUUGAUCCUCCGAAGUUCAUGGCGGAUCCGGAUGACGAGGGUGCCCUGGAUAAGGUUGUCCAAUGGAUGAUUUAUCCUGAGCCCGAGCAACGCCCCACCAUCGAGCAAGUGUACUAUCUUGAGGGUGUUCAGUGGGUCGAAAGGCGCCGUCGGGCCGGCGCUACGAUCUACGAGGGCAAUUGGGGUCCUGCGGAAGAGGUCCUCAACCAUGACGUUGACAUGGCCGAUGCCGACUGA